AUGGCUUCUUCUCCGGAUCUCCGUAUUGGAACAAAGUCGAUACGAAAUCGAGCCGAUUUGGACGACUAUGUCUAUCAUUUCAAUGCCAACGACAAAGCUGAAUACACCGCGUACUACUCCAAAAAUGCAGUGUUCAGAUUCAGUGGUUUUCCCGACAGGACCAUUGACGAAUUUCUGUCAUGGGUGGACGAAAUCCAUGCUGGUAUGCGUGAAACCCUCGAAUUGAAAAGGGUAGUAUUUGGACAGGACAUCGUUGUCACCGAGAUGCACACCCAAUUCCGAGGCAUCAACGGCUAUGAAACAGACAAUCUCGCUGGCAGAUGGGGGCCAGUGUGGCCCGGAAACGGCCCUCUUGUCAAGAUGUUUGUCUGGUACACUCUUGACAAGGACGGCCACAUCAUCCAGCUGACGGAGGACGCUUACCUUGAGAAAGAGGCCUCUAGGGAUGUCAUUCGUUCCCACGAGGACUUCAAACUUUAUCUCAAUGCAUUCAACACCAACGACUUUGACACUUUCCCGCGGUAUUAUACAUCAGAUGUUACCAUCAUACUCGAUGGAAAACAGACUCUACAUGGCAGGGAGGAGGCGACCAACUUUUUUCGCAACGCACGCAGUCAAGUGAACGAGGACGUCAACGUCCAGUCCAUAAUUCUGGACAAGACCGGCAUUGCACUAAAAUCAUACAUCAAAUUCACCGCUGUUGCGAACAUCGAGGAUAUCCUGAAUUUUGGAUCGGGCGUACGGCAGGGAGGAGGCUACGAGGCCCAUUUCUUGAUUCAUUAUGAGCUUACUCCUGAAGGAAAGAUUCACUAUAUCACCGCGGCGCAAUCUGGAGGAGUUAAGAUCUUUAACCCCUCUACAUAG